UAGCUGAUUCAAGGUUGUUAAGGAUGGUAGGUAUUUAGAAAGUGCAAAUAAAGUGUAUCAUGGACCAAUGCAAUGCAAUGCUGGCUGAUUGAAAUUGGACAGUUUUAGUCCAUCAAGUAAUUAAAAAUGUUGGAUAAAAAAAUGUUGGUCUCCCUUCUCCCUUCUCGGUGUUCACUCCGUCCAGACUUGGCGUCUCUGGUUUCCCUUCUCCAGUCUCCCUUCUCUGUCCGGCAGUAGGUGGCCAGCCGACCAGUAACCCAGCUUGCUAUCUGUUUGGAUGAAAAAGAAGAGCAGGUGCCAAUCAAUAGACUAAGACAAACAUAAUCUUGCUUAUGCUGACAAGAAAAGUCACUGCUUUGUUGGAUAAGGCUCUAGCCAUUAACCAAGCAAAGCAAAUUCAUGGCAUAAUACUAGUCAGUGGACUCCAUGAUCUCGAGCCUCUCCUGGUGCGGCGAGUUCUUAUGUCUGCAGGCAGUUACAACCGAAAUACCAUUCAAUAUGUUAAGUUGAUGCUUCGGUAUAUGCAAACUCUGGAUAUCUUUUCAGUAGCAUCCACCAUUCGGUUUCUUACAGAGCAUUCUCAGUUCAGGGAGGCUAUAUCUGUUUAUGUACAAUUGCAGAGAUCCGGGCUCAGUCCCAGCACAUUUGCUAUAUCAUCUGCUAUAAAAGCUUGUUCAAGGAUUCUGGAUAAGAUUGGUGGAACUUCGCUUCAUGGGCAGAGCUAUAAGUAUGGUUUCUGUAGGGUUGUUUAUGUGCAAACAGCUCUUGUUGAUUUUUAUGCAAAAAUGGGUAAAAUGGAGUCUGCGCGAAGCAUAUUUGAUGAGAUGGUUGGGAAAAAUGUAGUAUCGUGGAAUUCGAUGCUGGCUGGGUAUGUAAAAUCGGGGGAUUUGGUGAUGGCUCAAAGUGUUUUUGAUCUGAUUCCAGAGAAAGAUGUCGUUUCGUGGAAUUCAAUGGUUUCGGGAUAUGUAAGGGCAGGGAAUAUGGAGCAAGCAUAUGCGUUGUUUCAGAAAAUGCCCGAGAGAAGUUCUGCCUCAUGGAAUGCGAUGAUUAGUGGAUACAUAGAUUGCGGUAAGAUAGAUUUAGCACGCAGCUUCUUUGAUGCUAUGGACCAAAAGAAUCACAUUUCAUUAAUGACGAUGAUUUCUGGAUACUCAAAAUGCGGGGAUGUAGAGUCUGCCCGAAAGCUCUUUGGCCAGAUGGCCGAGAAAGAACAUAGAGUUUAUAACGCAAUGAUAUCUACUUAUGCUCAAAACAGUCGACCAAAAGAGGCUCUCCAGCUAUUCCGUGAGAUGCUUCAAUUGAAUGUGCAACCAGAUUACAUGACGUUGGCUAGUGCAAUUUCUGCGUGUUCUCAACUGGGAGAUUUAAAAUUCGGGUCUUGGAUUGAGUCAUACAUGAAGGAAGUAGGAAUCCAAAUGGAUGAUCAUCUGGCCACUGCGUUUAUUGAUUUGUAUGCAAAGUGUGGAAGUACCGAAAAAGCUUACGGUUUAUUUCAUGGAUUACAAAAGAAAGAUGUGGUCGCGUACACUGCAAUGAUAUUAGGAUGUGGAAUAAAUGGUCGGGCAAAUGAUGCCAUCGAGCUGUUUGAUGAGAUGGUAAAUUUUGAAAUUGACCCCAACUUGGCGACACUUACAGCAGUCUUGACUGCCUACUCCCACGUCGGUUUGGUUGAAAAAGGAUAUCAGUGCUUCGUCUCGAUGCAGAAAUAUGGGCUUUCUCCUAAUGUCGAUCAUUAUGCUAUCGCUGCUGAUCUUUUAAGCAGGGCCGGGCGGUUAGAAGAAGCGUAUGAUCUGAUAAAAAGCAUGCCAAUGCAGCCUCAUGCUGGAGUCUGGGGAGCGUUGCUUCUCGGUUGCAGUUUACAGAACAACUUGGAAAUUGGAGAGGUUGCGGCAAGGCAUUGCUUUGAUCUGGAGCCCGACAGCACCGGUUAUCGUUCUCUUCUCGCGAAUAUUUAUGCCUCUGCUGGGAGGUGGGAUGAUGCCGAGAGGUUGAGAAUGUCUGUGGAGGCCAAUGGGCAUACCAAGUUGCCUGGUUCCAGUUGGACAUAAGACAGGAAAAGGUUGCUCUCAAACACAUUCACACUGCAAUUCUAUUAGGAUUGCACCAUAAUCCCGAGUGUUGUGAAUAGGGAUGGCAAUUUGCUCCUCCCCCCGACAAGGAUGGGGAUGGGGAAAAAUUUUCGGGGGACGGGGACAGGGAUACCCCUCCUCGCCCCGUCCCGUCCCCGAAUAAUUAAAAUAGUCCAUUCUUCGCCAUCGUUCUCGCGCAGUUGCUGCCUCCACCACCGGUUUAAAAGGUCUAACACUUGGGAGGUCUGUUGAUCCAUUCCCGUAAAGUGAGUGACUGCGUGUGCAUAAUUUACUCUUUUUUGGGGGUAUCUUUUCAUAUACUUAGCCACUUAGGUUUUUCAGCUUGUUAUUACCCAAUGUUAACUUGAACAAUUAAUUAAGUUGUUUUUGUUUUCUUUCAUAUUGAAGAUGAAGAUUCUGAGGAUUGAAAAAUGAGGAAUUGAAGGCUUUAUUGUUAUUGUACUUUUAUAUAAUCAUGUUGAUUAGAGUUUUGGACUUUGGACAUUGAAAUAUUUGUAGUUUGCAUUUGC